ACGUUCUUACGCUGAACGAGUCGCUUUUAAAUGACGCAGCAUAUUAUAGCACAUGAGAUGACAGACCUACUGCAAAGGCAGCAGUUUAGAGGAUCUUCAGAUUAAAUGGCCACAGAUAUGGCCAGUGCACCUGCAGUGCAGGAGAGAAGCCAUGAAUGUGCAAACAAUGAAAAUGAGUCUGCAAAGGAUGAAAAUGAGUCUGCAAAGGAUGAAAAUGAGACCGUACAGACUGGAGAAACUGAAACACUGUCUAAAAGACAAAGGAAGAGACUUCUUAAGAAUCAACAAUGGGAAGAACAGAGAGAACUUCGCAAACAGAAGCGGAAAGAGAGAAAACAGCAGAGGAAACUGGAGAGACAAGCGCAGGCUGACGACGGAGUGGAGUGGACAGGAAAGAAGCGUUUGCGCAGGUCGGCAGAGCCCAGCUCUCUCAGACUGGUCAUAGACUGCAGCUUUGAUAACCUCAUGGUGCUCAAGGAUGUAAAGAAACUUCACAAGCAGAUUCAGAGGUGUUAUGCUGAGAACAGACGCACCCUACAUCCUGUACAGUUUUACCUCACAAAUCAUGGCGGUCAGUUAAAGCAAAUCAUGGAUGAAAUUAACAAAGGCUGGGUCAACUGGAAGGAUGUCCAUGUCAAGCCUGAAGCGUUUCAUGAAAUCAUGAACAAGGACGACCUCGUCUACCUCACGUCUGAUUCACCCAAUGUGCUGCAAGAGCUGGAUGAAGCCAAAGCCUAUGUGAUUGGAGGUCUGGUGGACCACAACCACCAUAAGGGAAUCACAUUUGGUCGAGCCCAAGAGCUUGGCAUUGCUCAUGCUCAGCUUCCUCUGGGCAGCUUCGUCAAGAUGAAUAGUCGCAAGGUGCUGGCUGUCAAUCAUGUUUUUGAGAUCAUCCUAGCAUUCCUGGAGAAACGAGACUGGCAGGAAGCUUUCUUUACGGUUCUGCCACAGAGGAAGGGAGCUGUGCCAGUGGGCCAAGAGAACAAGCUUGGAGAGGAAGACUCUGAUGAAGACUCAGACACAGAACUUCCAACCUCAGAAAAGGGAACGGACUCAAAGAACCAGUCAGAUAGCAAACAAGAAGAGCACAAACCUUUACUAAACCAAUCAGAUUCCAGCGAGCGAAACACAGCAUAGAGAGACGUAACAAAGAGAUGUAACAACUUUAUGCCGUUUCAUCUUUUUUUGAAAAUUUUUAAUUGGUUGUUUUCUGAUAUUUUUCCUUUUAGUUUAAUAAUAUCUCAGUAUGAAUUUUGAGAUGGUUUAUGCAAAAGCUUGGACUUGAAGGUGUUUUUGUUUAAAUAUUUUAUGAGAAAAACUAAAAAAUUGAGAAAUUACCUUUUUUUUUUUUUUUUUUUUUUUUCAACCUUUUCCAUUAAAAACCAAUAAAGUGUAAAUCUUGUGAAAAGAAAAUAAAUGAACAAUUCCAGUAUUAAUUGUUUUAGAACAAUGAGGCUUUUGUUCAUUGUAAACAUUUGAUGACUUUGACCAGCUGAUGUAGAGAAUAUUUUUAUCCUAUAAAUUCAUACUGUUGACUAACGUGUAGAUUUGUUAUGUUGUCUUAAAUCGCAUUCCUGUAAUUGAAAGGAUAAAAAUGAAACCAAACUGAAACAGAA